GUAUUUUUCUUUUUUUGUGCGUGUGUUGGUGUUUUUUUUCUUCAAUAAGACUGGAAAUAUGAGUUGUUCCGCUCCUGAUCAGAGACUGGAGCAUCUCCUGAGCGCCGUGGAGAGCGAGUUUCAGAAAGGAAGCGAGAAAGGAGACACGUCCGAGCGGGACAUUAAACUGACCCUGGAGGACGCCGAGCUGUGGGGCAAAUUUAAAGAGCUCACUAAUGAAAUGAUCGUCACCAAGACCGGAAGACGGAUGUUCCCAGUACUGAGGGCCAGUGUCAGCGGUCUGGACCCCAACGCUAUGUAUUCGGUGCUGCUGGACUUCGUGGCCGCAGAUAAUAAUCGUUGGAAAUAUGUGAACGGAGAGUGGGUACCGGGCGGAAAACCGGAGCCCCAGAGCCCCAGCUGUGUGUACAUCCACCCCGAUUCGCCCAACUUCGGAGCUCACUGGAUGAAAGCACCUGUGUCCUUCAGCAAAGUCAAACUGUCCAACAAACUCAAUGGAGGAGGACAGAUCAUGUUGAACUCCCUGCACAAAUACGAGCCCAGGAUCCACAUCGUGAAGGUGGGCGGCAUCCAGAAAAUGAUCAGCAGCCAGUCUUUCCCAGAGACCCAGUUCAUAGCAGUGACGGCCUAUCAAAACGAAGAGAUCACAGCGCUGAAGAUCAAACACAACCCGUUUGCUAAGGCCUUCUUGGAUGCUAAAGAAAGGAGUGACCACCGUGAGGCCCAAGAUCAAAGCAGUGAUAAUCAGCAGUCUGGCUACUCACAGAUUGGUGGCUGGUUUUUGCCCAGUAAUGGCCCUAUCUGUCCCAGCAAUAGUCCACCGCAGUUCAAUGGGUCCCCGGGUCACAACUCCAGCUCUUACUGUGAGCGUUAUUCCAGCCUGAGGAGCCACCGAGCGUCUCCGUACCCCAGCCACUACCCUCAUCGCAGCACUAACAACAACAAUUACAUGGACAGCUCUUCAGCGAGUAUUGCAGCCCACGAUAACUGGUCAACCUUGCAAAUCCCUAAUUCUACCGGAAUGGGCACUCUGGCUCAUACCACCAACACCACCUCCAACACAAGCCAGUACCCCAGCUUAUGGUCUGUGGCUGGGACAGCCCUCACCCCGUCCGGCUCAGCUUCAGGCUCCAUUGCUGGAGGUCUGACCUCUCAGUUCCUGCGAGGGUCCUCCGUGUCUUACUCAGGUCUGACCUCCUCUCUACCCGUCUCUUCUCCGUCGUCCAUGUACGAUCCGAGCCUGACCGAGGCGGGAGUGGCAGAUGCCCAGUUUGAGACCUCCAUCGCUAGGCUUACAGCUUCCUGGGCGCCUGUAGCACAGAGCUACUGAGA